AUGGAGUCCGUCGACUUAACCCCAGGAGUGCUAGCAUCCGGUACACUCGAUGCCUGUCUCAAGCUCGAGGACGAUCCCAGUGGCGGACUGCGCCAGUCACCGGCUCAAGUUGAAUCCCCCAUCGAAAUCAGCUUGGCUGAAGAGAACCGCCUUCUCAAGAUAAGGAUCGUGGAGCUGGAGAGACAAGCGGCUGCAGAUAACUCUUUCCGCCCCAGUCGAGGGCAUGGACCUGGGCUAGAGAGAGUCUGCCAAACUGCCCCGAUUGAGGAGGAGACUGACCACCAAGGGUGGGAUAGCCGUCUAUAUCAAAAUCCGAAGGACUGGGAAAGCAGACGCCGAUACCACGAUGCAGCCGGUAACAGAUACGGCCCAUGGGCUGAUAACUGGUACUCUCGAGACGAACGCGAGUAUCACCGACCCGAUGUAUUAGACCCGUCCAUUGGCUACGAGAACCGCCGGCUACGACUACGUCAAAGCUUCGAGUGGAAGAUGGAUCGAUUGUAUCUAACGGAGGAGGCGGAGAAUCGGCGACAGCAGCGGGUGCCCACCCCAAAGGAGGAAUGUGUCAUGGAUAUCCUAAUCGGGGAGCCUAUUGUACAUGAUGGCCUCCCUUACCAUUAUGGCGAUUCGGUCCGCGGUGCACGGCAAAGCAAAGGCGCAAAGAGCCAGAGAGUCUCAGCGUUAUCGCCUGUUGAGCGGCCUUUGCCAGAGCGAAUCCGGAUCCAUUCCACGUUGCUGUUGAGCAUCAUGGCAAGGAUUCUAGGGCCGGAUGCAGAUGCGCUCGCCGACAUGGAGGGCGGAUCGGUCGUUUUCCUUCGGCCCUUCAGAGCGCUGGUCCAUUGUGAGCAAUCGCUCCGAGAUUGGUGCCGUGCAGUGGAGGAGAGCUUACCGAUCACAUCGUCUCCGGAAAGGGUUCCAACAGAGGGCAGCGCUCGGAGCACCCGAGACAAGGAUAAUUCUACCGAGGAGCCCAUACCGGAGGGGGGCACGAAAAACGAGCGGGAAGAGGACGAGGAUGCCAUGAUCAAAUCACCCACGGCCCUCAAACACCUAAAAUGCGCCCUCGAGUUCAUCGAUACGGAGGUCCUCCCCAGGAUCCCCCAUGCCCUCAAUUCUCCGUGCCGCAAGGUGCUCUUCUCCGACCUCUGGCAUCUGUUUAGGCCCGGAACCGAAGUCAUCGGUAGCGAUGGUAAGCAGGCCUAUCGGAACAAGGCCCCGUUGAGUGUUACCUGUGUUUACAUUGAUUUUGAUGGCAAGUCCCUCGGACCAGUUUCACGGGUGUUUGAUAUCCAACCCUUCAAGGGCCCCCGGGACGUGACGGCCCUUGAAAUCUAUCCCCUAGAGCUAUACCCCCCAAAACGGGCCGACUAUACUGACACGGAGUGGAAGAAUAUCGAGACCCUUUCGCCAGCCGACCGUAGUGAGUGGUAUCGGCAGCGGCUGAUUACCAGAGGCCGCCGAUUCCUCGCUGUGACAGGUACCAAGCAUAUGUUUUACGCAGGACCCUCACUAAAUAUGGGCGCCAAGGUCGAGAGCCAGGUGAUUGUAGAUUUUGAAGCCGCCUUUGCUGUCGAAGGUCCCGAGCAGCAAGCCUGGAAACCUUCCCUGGAGGCGUUCAUCGGCGCCUCGCCAGCCAUAGAAGACGAUGACGAUUACCAUGAGAGUUGCCAGGCGAGCUGCUGUCGAAACGAUCUUGUUCAUGAUGACACCUAUGUUGACCAGAAGGAACGGUUCGAUUUUAUAAACAGCCUUCUACCCAAGACUCAGAAUGGAGAGGAUCAGCCAUCGAUGAUCAUCCUGCCCCGCUCACUCAGGGAGCUCCGAAGUAGUGCCCAGGAGGCUGUAUCGCCCGACGAACUUUUAAUCAUGUCGUAUCGUGUCAUUGGCUUUGUUAUGCGAUCGCGGAUAUGGGCCCAGCUGGAUCUCACCUAUCUCAGCGAUGUCUACUCUCAUACGUCCCUACCCGAGGGGGACCAAGGGAUCACACAUGACAGGGAUCAAGAUGGGACCGGAACAGUCUUCGACCGCCUAGUGCUUGAUAAGAAACACAAACACAUGAUUGAGUCAUUCGUCGCCCAGCACUUUCGAGACAAGAAGUCGAUCACAGAUCACAGCGACCAGGUGGACAUCGUCCGCGGCAAAGGCGAGGGCCUCAUUAUGCUCCUACAUGGAGCCCCUGGUGCCGGCCGAACGUCAACCGUCGAGGGAAUUGCCGAGCUCUUCCGAAAGCCAUUGUUUCAGAUCACGUGUGGAGAUAUCGGGACUACUCCCAAGGAGGUUGAGAAAGCGCUGGAAACGACCUUUACCCUGGCUAGCCGAUGGGACUGUAUCCUUCUUCUCGAUGAGGCGGAUGUCUUCCUGGCGCAGCGAACCAAAGAGGACUUCCAGCGGAAUGCACUUGUGGCAGUCUUCCUUCGCGCAAUGGACUACUACGCGGGGGUUCUUUUUCUGACCACCAAUCGCGUAGGCGACUUUGACGAGGCCUUCACAUCGCGCAUCCAUGUCUGCCUUUACUACCCCGAGCUGAGCCAUGAAAUGACCGUAGCAGUCUUCGAGCUGAAUCUAAAUUUGAUCGAGGAACGAUUCCGCCUAAAAGGCCAAGCGAUCAACAUCGAACGCAUGCAAAUCGCGAGCUUUGCCUCGCAGCAUUAUGCACAACACCCCGACGCACGAUGGAACGGCCGCCAGAUCCGGAAUGCGUGUCAGAAUGCGUUAGCCCUGGCCGGGUUCGAAGCCCAGGGGAACGAUCGACACCGAGUCCUAAAACCCGACGCCGUUGUUACCCUCUCCGCGAAGCACUUUGAAACCCUCCGUGACGGGCAUGUGGAGUUCACCAAGUAUAUGAACAAAUUGUACGGGACGAAUUCAGCGCGACGCGCUCACGAGGACCGGCUCCGAGCCCUCUUGCAGAACCCAGAGGACCGUAAUCCAGGUCCAGUCUCGCCCAGCCUCACCCAACGCGCAGCCUUUGCCCGCGCAGCUCAACCACCGGCAGAUGUCCCUGUCGGGGGAUAUGCGUCUUCCUUGCACCGGUCAGCACCACACACGAUACCGUCGUUACAACGCCCAUAUUACCAGUCUGUGGCAAGGGUCCCGCCAGGCGUGCAUGCCACUCGAUACUCAGACCGGGAGCUCAACCCCGCGCCUCUACCUGAAGUCACCCAGGGGGCGUCUCCUUCAGCGCAGUCUUUCCCGGAUGACCGGACAUGGGCGAACCAACAAAUGCCUACCAUGUACAAUGACGGGAGUCCCCAAGGAUACCUGCAUCCGCGGCCAUCGGCCCCGGGAAGAGCGGAAUUACCGACCCGCAGCGGAGGGGCUGGGCAAACCAUGCCCCCCAGCCAGUGGCAAGAUGUAUCUGAUGGUAGACACUGACGAAAGCGAUUGGUUUGGUUUAUAUAGUAGCGCAUAACUGCACUGAUUCUCGAAUGAGAGGGGAGU